ACGCACUGGCGCUACUUCUCUGACUAGCUGACCUGUAAACUACUCAAGAAAACAAAAGGAAAGGCAGAAAUUUUGAAGCAUUGAUUUCUUUGAACUGCCCUUUUCAAAUUUUUAUUUCUUUUUCUCUCUUUUGUGGGUUGGUAACAAAGAUCAAGAUCUAAGUUUUAGUGGGGAAGAAAAGCGAGCUUCAGAAUCAAGAAAGUAAUGGCGACUUUUGCAGGGACAACACAGAAAUGCAAGGCCUGCGAGAAGACUGUGUAUUUGGUGGAUCAACUCACUGCUGACAACAAAGUGUUUCACAAGGCUUGUUUUAGAUGCCACCACUGCAAAGGGACGCUCAAGCUGAGUAAUUACUCUUCCUAUGAAGGGGUGUUAUACUGCAAACCUCAUUUCGACCAACUGUUCAAGAUGACAGGCAGCCUGGAUAAAAGUUUCGAAGGAGCUCCCAAAACUGCUCGUGCUGAAAGAUCAGUUGAGCCGGGCGUUACGAACAGCAAAGUUUCAAGCUUGUUUGCAGGAACUCAAGAUAAAUGCGUCGCUUGCAACAAAAAAGUUUACCCUCUUGAAAAGGUAGCCGUUGAUGGAACUUCAUACCAUAGGGCUUGUUUCAAGUGCAGUCAUGGAGGCUGCACGAUAAGCCCAUCGAAUUAUGUCGCCCAUGAGCAUCAGCUCUACUGCAGGCAUCAUCACACCCAACUCUUCAAGCAGAAAGGCAACUUCAGCCAACUAGACAAACAUGAACAAGGUAAAGGGGAAAAUGGAACAGCUUAAAUGAGCGCAGGGCAAGCUGAGACAUGAGAGCACUGCAACAUCAGAUCGGGGAAUUCGCCUGAGCCAGAGCAAGAAGCCGUCCGUAAAGCCUAAACUCUAGACAUACUUGUGGCCUCUCUAUAUAUAACAAUGAUGAGUAGUAUCAGAGGAGAACUUAAGUUUGUUUGUGAUUUUGUUUUUCAUAUUUUGCUCUUUUGCUUGUUGGUAUUAUAAAUAUAUCGAGUUUUUGCCGUAAACUAAACUGGGGCUGAAUGAGAUAGUUUUGGUAAAUGCAUGUUUGAAGCUUAUAAUGGGAUUUUUGACAUUGAUUUUCUUGUUGGCAUUGUU